CUGCCGCAAAUGAGUUGUGGAUCUAGGUGUGAUGUCAGCUUUAAAAUGUCGAAUUGGAUCAAUAGUAACAAAACAAAUAUCAAUUUGUUUAGUACCAAGUUUUAUUAUUAAAGCCAAAAUUAUUUACUAAGCCUGUUAUAAAUGUUAAUGUUUUUCCUUAACUUAUGUAUAGUUUACAGUAUUUUAUAAAAUGUUUAUUUACAUAUAAUGCGUACUGGUUGAAAUCUACACUAGUUCGAUAUGAGAUAUCGUUUUGACACUUAUGAGUGGUAUUAUAUGAACUUACUCUACAAUUAUCGUAAAAAUGGCUUCCAUAGAGGAUAAAUAUAAAAUAUCUGAUUGUUCUCCCGUUAAAAAAUAUAAAGAAGAUCGAUUGAGCAGCCACAGGAAAAACUUUCAUAGAGCGUGUAAGCUAGAAUCUGAAAAAGCCUAUCUGAAUUAUACGGAACGUUUGCAAAUGAUGUUUAUACCUAAUUGUUCAACAGUAUCAAAUUGCAAACACGUUUCUAGAAAAAAAUUUCAGAUACGUAGAAUUGCACCCAGAGUCAUAAAUUCAAUUCAAAUGGAAUUGUCUGGAAAUAUGUGGUAUGAAGCUUUGGAAAUAAGUUAUUUAUGUAUAACUCCGAAGCAAUGUCUCACUGUGAAUGUUCUUAAAGACAUUGUGGAAAUCAUGUUGAACGCACAUGAGGAUGUGUCUUCCAAGUACAGCAUUACUCAUAUCAUAAGCAAAUGUGAACAAGUUCUAGCACUACACUUUCGAAUGCACCCUCCUUGUGGCUUGCACAAUGAAGUAUUAUACCUCUACAACAGUUUUUUGAUGGAUCCAAUGAUAGCAUCUAAUAAAAAUGACAAAAAACAUUCAACAAGGAAUGACUAUGGCUGUGAUAAAGGAAUUAUACAAUACUGUUUUAAUAGAUUAGAGAGUGAAAUAAGUUCUAAAAGCCAAGAUGGCCCUUUGAUUAACAAAGAUCAAAUAAUCCCAGAAAAUUUAAAAGAUAGUCUUCAGGGAUUGCAUUUUGAAAAAGAACAAUUGGAAAUAUAUGAAUUAUUAGAAAGAACAGACAGAAUAGAUAGAUUGAUUGCAGUUUUACGUAGCACAAUAGAAUUGUUACAAUUUAAUCUUUAUAUCUUAAAGUCAAGGCAAUUAAGACAAAAAAUGCUAAUGCAUAAGUUAUUUUUGCCCAUUGAGACGCAAUAUAAAGUUCCAAUAAUAUCUAAGCAAAUAAUUAAAUUAUUUGCAUAUUUUGUGCACCUUGACUACCCUGCAGAACAUGUUAAAAUUAUGAGUAUUUGGUUAAAUAUUGCGGUGGAAGCUCAUAUCAGCUAUGACUUUAACAGCUGUAGUAACUAUCCAAAUCUUGGACUAUAUGGAAAUGGCUUUGCAAACGAAUUUUAUAACACAAUCUCAGAUCUUCCACAUGAGUCAAUUAUCAAGAUUCUGGAUAAAAUAAAACCUAACUAUAUGAAGUGCACAGUAGGUCUUAUAUAUUGUAAUAGUUGUCUUAGCUAUGAUGAAGAAAAUAUAAUAAAUGUUUUGAUAAAAUUUUUAGAAACGACGAAAUGGAAUGAUUUCCCAAAAAAUGAUUCUGUAAAAUUACUAAAAAAAAUAAGUGAGAAAGCUGAAAUCCUACCAUCAAAUAUAAUUAAUCAUCUAUCUAAAAUUUGUAAAAAUGUACCCAGCAAGUCUAACAACAAUAUGACUUAUCCCAAAUUUCACUCUAAUGGUGAACGUGAAAUUAACCAAGACAUUAUUAUAAAUGCGUUGUACAUAAGUCUCGAAGCUUACCUAGAGUCAUACAAUGUUAAAAAUGUUAAUGUAACUUUAGAAAAAAUUAAUAAUUCUGAAAUUGUGUCAGAGGGAACAACAUCUGCGUAUACCGCUAAUGCAGAUCUCUUUAAAGUCUAUACUAAUAUUUAUCACUUGUUACCAAAGCUUAUCUUAAUUUUAAAUGAUUUAAAAAAAGACAAACAAUUACCAAAAAUUUUUAAAGUUUUUGAAAAACUUAAAUUAGAUGAAUAUAUUAUAAAUGAACUUAAAUUAGUAAGUAAAUAGUUUUUAAACCUAUUAGGUACACAUUUAGGUAAAUUUUAAAAAUUAAAUUUUAUGAGGAUUUUUCAUCAUCGUCAUAGUAAAAUCUAAGUCGCCCCUUGUCAGUCGAUAGUAAUUUUUUUAUUGUUUUUUAUUGUGUUUACUUAACUUUGAUAAGGUAAAUAAGAUGAUGUUAACCCAUAAUGUAUUAAAAUGGAAAUAAUUAUUUUUAAUAUUAUAUUUUUUACAUUUACAAUUAAAUUUAUACUAUCAAUGUUUAUGGGUGUUUUCUUAAGCCUUAUAUUAAAUAUGACGAAGCAUGGUGCGCCAUCUUGUUUAUUUUUUGUCGGAAAAGAGCAUCAAGAGUAUUACGACAGCGCUUAAUUCAAUUCAAGUUCGAUCUUGAUGAUAUAGAAAGAUGUGUGACGUCACUAAGAUUAUUGUGCAGAAGAAAGACCUAUCUAAAUCUACAUCUUCAGGUGUAGAUUGGCUCAUUGCUGUCACAUGUGCUAAAAGAUGUUGCUACCUGCUUGACAAAGUUGAAUCAUAACUUAGAACAUUGUGACACUGACUUUGUUAGUUAGAUUUUCCGAGCCCAAACUGAUUCAAGAUUACUUUGACGAUAUAUUAGGAUUUUAGAUAGGAAUAAAAAAAACAGUAUCUAAGUCUGCAAUGCGUCUGUGGAGUUUAAUAGAGCUAAUAUCUAAAACCGAGUUAAGAGGAGGUAACAACUGGAUUUGUUAUGUCAGUGCCGUGUCAUAAAAAUAGUUUAAUACGUAGAAAACUGUCUGGAUAUGUUGUGCCACCAGAGCGCAGUUGUUCCGGAUUAUUGGAAAUGUUUCACGGAAGCGCUGGCUAGAUGUCAGCAACGGAUAUGGAGAGCCAGAUUUUAAAAAGCCUAAGACAAUGGAAGUGAGAUCCUCUGGGAAAUGUCAUUGGUUUAAAUUAGCCGGACAAAGACAAGCUGAUUACAAAAGGAGUAAAAGAGCAUUUAAGCUAAAGCAGACACGUCCAGUUCAAUUCGUAAUCAUAAUAAGAUGACUAUUUGUUAUACUUGUGGAAAUCAAGGUCACGUAACACCUUCGUGUCCAAACCGGAAAACUGGUAGAGGAGCCAUAAUCAAAGAGUUAGUCUCUGAGAAUCAACCAUCGAGAGCUUGCCUCGGAGACAUCUUCCGGUACAAAUGUCAGUAACUUCUUAUAUACAAGAAGAGCACAACUAUUGCAUUAUUAGAAGAACAUGUAUACAACACAUCACAGAAGAUAAUCAUUUACAAAAUAAGCAAAGUGCUGAAGGUUCACAACAAGGAAAUUAUUUAUGCAGAUGGGUCUUAACAAAAUGUUCGCGAAUUCCUAAAUCUUGUAAAUAAUGUAAAUUUGAUUUAUGUGGCAAUAAAAAUACAUUAAACUGUGCUUUUAUCAGACCUAAAGAAUAUAAUAAGUCCACGUGGUUGUGUUAUCCAUCAGAUAACCUAGUCUUUUGUUUAACAGGUAUACAAAAUAUAUAUAA